AAUCAAAACAUACGUGAAACACGAAAAAGACUAAUAUCAAUAAUGGUAUAAGUUUUUCAAUAUUUUCCAAAAGCUAUAUUAAUGAUAUAUAUUUUGUAAAUUUAAGAAAUGUCGAUUAAUAUGAUAUACUGUAAAUAAUAACUGUGAUUUAAAAUAUGUAAAGAUAAAAUAUGUUUUAUUAGAUAUGAAACAUCAUUUAAUAUACAGAAAUAACAUAAAAUUAAGAAUUAAUAAUAAUAGUAAUAAUAAUAAUAAUCUCUUAUCGGCUUUCGCUUAUUAUGCGACCUUAUUUCGCAGGUAAUAUAUAACGUACGGUAACAUAACCAAAAGAUAUACUAAUGUCUACGUUCUACAUAUUAAAUUAAUUUUAUUUCAUAAAAUAAAUGUAAUUCAAAUAUGAAAUGAAAUGAAAGUGAUAUAGAUCAUAAAUAAUUAUAGGUAAAAUAAUAUGACAAUGCUGUUGAAUAUUUUAUUUCAUAGAAAUGCAACAAAUUCUCUUUGUAAGUUACAAUUUGUUUAUCAAUCAUUGGUAAGAAAUACUAAAUAUAAGAAUCCUAUGCUUUAUAAAUCUCUCCACUCUUCGUCCAAAUGUACAUUUAGAAUAAAAAGUAUAAGAGAAUGUAAGAAACAAAUAUAUAACGAUUUGAAAGACAUAAAUACAAAUGUGCAAAAUAAUGUAAUAUUAUAUAAGAAUACAGACACUUACGAUUUCAUAGUAGUGAAACUACUUUUCUAUGGGUGGAUUUUUUGUAAUACAUUAAUAGCAGUGACAACUUAUAAUUCAAAAUAUAUAACAACAUGGUGUAAGGAUACAUCUUGGGCAGAGUACAUAAAAAUAAAUGGAGCAUCUUUCAUGUACUUUGCAUAUUCUAUAAUAAUAGGACCUCCUGCCAGUAUAGUAUUAUAUUUGUUUAAUCGAAGAUUUGUAAAGUACGUUAUUUUACAUAAAGGUGGCAAAGAUGUAUCUAUAAUCACUAAUCAUUUAUUUAAAAGAUAUGAUAACAUUACACUUCCUCUUGAAAAGGUUAAAGUUACAUUAGCAAGGCAGGAAAUGAAAUCUUACUUGCCAAUGAGGAUUCAAGGCAGAAGAUUGUAUUUCAUUCUCGAUGGUCAAGGAGAAUUUUUAAAUGAAAAAUUAUUUGACUGUACAGUUGGAAGUACAAGACGUUGGUAGAUGUAUUUUAUGAGUUAAAUAAAUUAUUAUAAAUAAUUUAGAGAUGUAAUACAACUA